AUGGCUCCUCGCAAAUCCGUUAACAAUGGCGGUAAGAACGCCGAGCUCGCACCUGCUUUAGAACCCACGAUCAACUCGAGUAUAGAAAAGGAAAAGGAAGAUGUAUCAGUUAUAUCGACAUUAGCUACUGAUCCAUUACCAACCAUCAAAGUGAAUAAUGCGAAUCUGGGUGAGGUCAAAGCUGCUCUAGACGAGAUAGUGAAAAAGCACCUCCAAAAUCAAUCCUUCACUCCAUCCCUUCUCCAUCCUACCGUCCACUUAUCCCUCGGUUACUCAUCUGUCAUCCUCGCCUUAUCAAGUGUAUUAUACUCUCUCAAGGUAGAUUUCGAAGAUUCAAAACCCAUCUUAUGGAUCGCCGUAGUGGGAUAUACGAUCUUACAAGUUGUAUUGUGGGCUUGGAAGAAAUGGAUAGAAAAGGGUGAGGUAUUUAAAGGGAAAAGAAGAAGGAUGGUUAAAAGGAUCGAAACGGAUCAUAUUCAAAUUCUUUCAUCAACAUCACUCGAUUCACCUUCCCAACCUCAAUUAACAAUAUCACCACAUACUAGACCUUCCUCACCUAGUUCCGUACCUACUUCUCCUAAUCCCUCUACAUCUCCAUCAACCAUCCCUAAUUUACCUACCACGACUCUUUCUUCUUCCACUAACGGAUCUGAAACGGUGGUCGGACCAAGUUAUAAUCUUCAAUUAACGUUAUCAAUAACGAGUAAUAACGGUAAAUCCCUAAUUCAUAAAUCAAGGUUGAUAGUGGGUAAAUUGAUUGGUGAAUUGAUUGAUGAAGAUGGUGGAAUUGAGAAAAACGAAUUUGAAAGAUGGUUGAAUACGGUAUUGGAUGAUUUGGGUGCUGGAGCUGAUGGUGAAGAUGAAUUCGAGGGUAAUAAGGAGGAAUGA